GCGGGCUGAGGCGGCGAGUGGCCGCGCGCGGUGCCGCCCGUUUCCAUGGUGCCGAGCAAAUGCCGCCCCUCGGUGGGCAGCCGGGCGGGGCAUGGGGUCUCGGGUAGCAAUUUUGGGCUUCAUCUGGUUCUCCAAACGACAUCGGCGGCAGACAGAGCAAAACCUCUUGAGUUCCGGAUCCACAAAGAGCAGCCGUAUCUUCACAGCAAGCUCUUGCAGCCCGAUCUGGAAAAAUACCAUUCCGGAAAACUAGAUGGAAGAUUAAGUCCUAUAUCACGCACUAGAAAAGUGUAUGUCCCCGUGACUACUAACUUGGGAGACAUCCCUAGUCUGGAUUUGAAGCAUGGCUCGGGUUCCGUGUCCCCUUUCGGCGACGGGUCUUUUACGACCCCUUCAAAAUACAGGAUCCAGCACGGCUGCCACAGCGCCGGCUCCACCGUCUCAGAUAAUAUAAAUUGUGGGAAUGCCGCUUUCCCCUUGUUGCACCGUACCGUAGAAGAGAAAAUACGGCACUCUGAUAGGCUGACCCUUGAAAGGCAGAAACUGACGGUUUGCCCGAUAAUUGACGGAGAAGAACACCUUCGCUUGCUAAAUUUCCAGCACAACUAUAUAACUCGGAUCCAGAACAUCUCUAAUUUGCAGCAUCUCAUAUUCUUAGACUUGUACGAUAAUCAGAUAGAUGAAAUAAGCGGCCUUUCUACACUGAAGUCCCUCCGAGUCCUUCUUUUGGGAAACAACAGAAUACAGAAGAUCUGCAACCUGGAGGCCCUCGUGAACCUUGACGUGCUGGACCUGCAUGGCAACCAGAUUGCCAGAAUAGAAAAUCUCAACCAUUUAAGCAACCUCAGAGUGUUAAACCUGGCCCGAAACCACUUAAUGUGCGUGGAAAACAUCGACAGGCUGGAAUCGCUGGCGGAACUGAAUCUUCGAUAUAAUCAGAUCACCUCUGUG